AGAUUAGACGAGAGGCUUCGUCCAUUCAGCAGCGCGGACAGCAGCCAGCGCGCUCCCUCCGCUCCGCUCCGCUCCCUCUGUGGGCGGUGUUUCAAACGAGCGGAUUCGGGAGGAACGUGGGAGCUGUCAUUGCUGUAAGACACAUUUGCGGGGACCAGCAUCACCGUUGACAGCAAUUACAAGUGCUGGGAUUAUGUUCAUUUAAACCAUCACUUCUUGAUAGGUGCCUUCAUAACAUGCUGCUCCACAUAUAAUCAAGUGAAAUUUUCUUUAGAUAUUCGCCAGAUUUGAAGGGGAAUUUUGGACAGACACAAGCUGAUCAUGAAGUGGGAUAUUUUACUCUUCUCUCGUGUUUUAGAGAAAAAUACCGGAUGCAUCCGUUGAACGACGGUGUUUGCCGCUGGAUUAACAAAGGACAGUAUUUUUCAUACUUACUCUCCGUGCAUAAACACUGAUUUAUUGCCGUUCUCGGGAAACAAAGAUGUUCUUGUGAAGUCACAGGCGAAACAUCGUGUCAUUCGUUUAGCCUCGUGCCUCAAUUGCAAAAUGCUGUGGUGCUGAUGAGAGACUGUUCCUCGAUAACAGUUUUUUCACAAGCCAGAAUGAGAAACAAAUAGCUCUCCGCGUAAGCGAUGGAAACACUGUGAGCUUUCUUACUGAACUUGAGAAGCAGCAACAGCGACUGCAACAGUCUCGACACCCCAGAAAUCAGCACGUAAUAAUGGUAUGGGCUUCUGAAGUCGAUUGGAGCAUGGAGUCCGCACACCAGGCAGGCUAGGAGGCUUUACGAGACACGCUAAGAACCCUGUUUUGACCCCCCAUCCUGAAAUGAGGCAAAAUGUUGAUGUGUGACAGAGGAGUCCAAAUGCUCAUCACCACAGUGGGCGCGUUCGCGGCGUUCAGCCUGAUGACUAUCGCUGUGGGAACGGACUACUGGCUGUACUCACGAGGAGUGUGCCGGGUCAAAAGUAAUAACGAGAACGAGACGAGCAGGAAGAACGAGGAAGUCAUGACCCAUUCCGGACUGUGGAGAACCUGCUGUCUAGAAGGAACAUUUCGAGGUGUCUGUAAGAAGAUUGACCACUUUCCGGAGGAUGCAGAUUAUGAGCAGGAUGCAGCAGAGUAUUUACUACGAGCAGUGCGAGCGUCCAGCAUCUUCCCCAUCAUGAGCGUUGGGCUUCUAUUCAUGGGAGGUUUGUGUGUGGCUGCCAGUGAGUUUUACAGGAGCAGACACAAUGUCAUCCUCAGUGCUGGAAUCUUCUUUGUCUCCGCUGGCCUAAGUAACAUCAUCGGCAUUAUCGUGUACAUAUCCGCCAACUCGGGCGACCCCGGCCAGAGCGACUCGAAGAAGAGCUACUCGUACGGCUGGUCCUUCUACUUCGGCGCGCUGUCCUUCAUAAUGGCCGAGAUGGUGGGCGUGCUCGCCGUGCACAUGUUCAUCGAGAAGCACCGGAAGCUGCGCGCCAAGUCCCGCACCGAGCUGAUCAAGAAGUCGGCCUUCAGUCGCAUCCCCAGCUACCGCUACCGAUUCCGCCGGCGCUCCAGCUGCCGCUCCAGCGAGCCGGCCUCUCGUGACGCUUCGCCCAUGGGCAAGAGUGGCUACACGGGCCCCGCCGCGGCAGACAUCUCCAUGUACACCCUGUCCAGGGAUCCCUCCAAGGCCGCCAUGGGUGCCUUGCUCAACUCCGAGAGGGAGUUUUUGCAGGCUCACAACUCCAACGCGAAGGACUUCAAAGAUGCGGCCAACAGGAGGACCACUCCAGUCUGAGAGAGUAUAAGCACAGAGGAAGUGCCACGGCCAAGACGUUACACCCACAGAAUUGAGCUGGAGCCCAGCAGGAAGAAGAAUUCACUCGAGGCCUGCAGGGCUUUAACCCUCUUUCUAUAACAUUAUAUAUAAAUAUAGAUGGUAAUUGUUAGAUCAUUGGUGCUUCCUUUUAAUCCUCAUUUUUCAGUCACUGUUUCUGUCAUUUCACCUGACUCACACUUCCCUCCCCCUAAGGGCUACUCGAGUAGAAUGCUAGUCCUCUCCUCAAAGUCAUUUGUUCUGCGAUUGGAGUUAGCCCAGCGAAACUGUGAAGCCCUCUGAGGGGGAGGAUUGUAACGCUUGUGACAGACGAACCGGAAGGCUGUCCCGAAACUCGCCUUAUGCACAGCUCAGUAGCCCAUAGCUGGUGAGUGCUGCCUCACACUCACAAGAUUGUAUACAUCGUUGGUUUCUCUCCCGGGUCGGAAAUUGAGCCCACAACUAGUGCCACUGUCUCAUGCCGAUCACCCCCGCUCAUCCCACCUACACGCUGCCCACAAGCUACUUGGCCGGGCUCUGCAUGCCAUCCACACAGUUCUGUUAUUUAUUUAUUUAUUUAUUUAUAUAUAUUUUUUUACGUUUACUCCCAUUAUUUCCAUUGCAAGAUUCCCCUGCAUAAACUUUUAUAACAGGGUUAAAAUGCUUGUUAUUAAAUAUGAUCUUAUAGCCCACCAAAGUUUUUUGGUAUUACAUUGUUUUCAUUGACAAAUGUAAAAAGGAAAGGUUUUCUGUGAUUUACUCUAAUAAGAGGUUCAUUGGAGGCCCUUGUGCUUAUUACUGUGAAUAUCGUGGUCAUUGUUAUACCAUUAUCAUCUGUUAGCGAAAGAAAAGCAGUUGGCUGCCAAAUGUAGAUUUCUUAAUUGUCUAUAGUUAAAAUAUUUUUGGAGAAAAUAUUGUUCAUAGAUUUACCAAAAGCUGGGCAUCAAGAGUUUAUAAAAAUCAGAACAUUAUAAAACAAAAGGAACUGCCCUAAGUACUUGGACCAUUCACAUAUCAUGAGUAGACAAGCCUCUAAAUGGGCUGAUGGGAUUUUCAGGUUCAAGCCUAUACACAAUAAUGCUUACGAACAUGCAUACAACACUUCUUUGCAAAUAUAUACUGCUCAUUAAUGCUACAUCAGUGCUAUACUGAACUUAAGUACACAAUAUAAAUGUAUACUGUAAUUUAGUUGCUUAGUUAAUGUUAUCAAUAUCAUACUGAUGAAUAUAAAUUCCAAGGGCUUUUGGUUUUCAGAUAACAAGCAUACAAGGGCUUUAAAGAAGUUCAGCCAACAACAGAUCUGCCCUUAAAAUAGUUACAUUGAAAAAAAAAAAAGUGUUCAUGUGUGUAAAACACAUCCAGAUGUAAUGAUAUAAUGUAUACAGUUUUCCUUCGCAUCUGUCGCAAUUAUUAAUCCCCGUGUCAGUUAGGUAGAAACGGAAGUAGGUUCUGAAACAUCUAUAAUAAUGUAGUUUUUUCAGAAAUCCACCUCAUUUCAGACCCCCGAGAGCUGACGUGCAUGUACUUUAGCCUCCAAAUUCAUGCAAGCCAGUCGCUCAUCUCCAGUUUUAUUUCAUUCAGCUUACCGAAGUCAUGCUAGCCUCACUGGGAAUAUUACUGUAAAUGUUGCCUUUUGUUUGGAUCCACUUUAUGUUGUGAAUUCGUGAUGUUCUGGGUCCAAAACGUAAGUGUUUCAUAUUUGAAGGAGUCCACCGGAGUGCGUUCGGCACAGUUGAACAGUUCAACCCUUCAAGUCUCUCUCAGAGCACCUAGUGCCUGUCUCUUCUGCCUACUCCGAGCGCCCGUCGCCGGGUCUCUCACUUUCGCGCGCUUGCUCCUUCAUCUCCAUCACAGCCUCGCAUCAGCUCCUCUUACCAGGACUGUUAUUGCUCAGCCGAUCACAUCCCAUAGAGUCUUAGGCCCUGUCACUCACCACUUAGGCCUGCAACAUUGUGUAUGUGACCUCUCAAUGAAAACAGCAGUCUCAGCUUGAAACAUGCUGUAGAAAAAAAGCACACCUUUUAAAUACAGUAGUUUACAUCAAUAAAGAUAAUAGUCGGAGAGAUAUUUAAAGAUUUAGAAAAAAUAAAGUCAGUUUUAAG